GUUAAAAGAAAUGACCUGCCAACUCUAUUUUUUUUUCUUUUUCUUUUCUUUUUCUUUUCUGUCUUUGCACCUUUUUUUCUUUUCUUCUUGUUUUCAUGUUGCAGUCUGUAGCAUUGUGUACAAAGCGGUUUACAAGUCUGCCAUCUUAUUCUUCUAGAAAAGUUUAUUCUGCUUUGUCUCAUUGUCGACAAUCUAUUUUACGAUAUCAAUUCUACUCUACUGAUGCAAAAGACUUUUCUAUUCCGAAAACAAGAAAUAUUGGGAUCAUUGCUCAUAUUGAUGCCGGAAAAACGACCACAACGGAACGCAUGCUUUAUUAUGCCGGUGUGACAAAACGGAUUGGUGACAUUGAUGAUGGAGACACUGUAAUGGAUUAUUUGAAAGCUGAACGUGAACGAGGGAUUACUAUCAAUAGCGCGGCCAUUUCGUUUGGUUGGCAUGGACACCGGAUCAAUCUUAUUGACACCCCUGGUCAUGUGGACUUUACCAUGGAAGUGGAACGGGCUGUUCGUGUGUUGGAUGGAGCAGUGACGAUCUUGGAUGGUGUUGCUGGUGUAGAAGCCCAAACAGAAACUGUAUGGAAACAAGCAGAUCGAUACAACAUUCCUCGUAUCGCAUUUGUGAAUAAACUCGAUCGAACGGGUGGUGCUUUUGGACGAACGGUACAACAAGUCUGGAAAAAGUUACAAAGUCGACCGCUAGUAGUACAACUUCCUUGGUAUCAUGAUGAUACUAUAGAACAAACGAUGAUGGGUCGCCUCAAGGCCAUUGUGGACAUUGUGAAUAUGGAAGUUUUGACAUGGAAAGAUGUGGAUGGAGCUCAACUUGAACGGAUACCUUUUUCACCUUCCGAUGAUGCUACCUAUUAUGAAGAAGCUGUGCGUGCAAGAACGGCUUUGGUGGAAACAUUGGCAGAAAUGGAUGAAAAUAUUGUGGAUAUCUUUUUUGAACAAGCAGAUGGUGAUCAUAUGCAAGUACCCCCUCAGGCAAUCAAGGAUGCUUUACGACGUGUGACUCUUAAUAACAAGGCAGUUCCUGUACUCUGCGGUGCAGCAUUCAAGAAUAUUGGAGUACAACCUUUAUUGGAUGCGGUGGUGGAUUAUCUUCCUAGCCCUUUGGAUCGUCCUUCAGCCAUUGCUACUCUUGCCAAUAACAAGACUCAAUUGAUUCCUUUGAAUGAAAAUGGUCCACCAUGUGCUUUGGCUUUCAAAGUGACACAUGAUCCUCGACGGGGUCCUUUAGUUUAUGUUAAAGUAUAUUCUGGCAAGAUUAAUAAUCGUAUGACACUUUUCAAUACAACAACAAGAAGCAAAGAACGGGUCAACAAGUUACUACAAAUGUAUGCUAAAGACGUGGAAGAAAUCCCAAUGGUGCAAGCGGGUAAUAUUAGUGUGAUUGUUGGUCUCAAAGGAACACGCACAGGUGACACUUUAGUACAAUCGAAUGAUAGCAAGGCCAUCAAAUCCAAUCUUCAAUUAGGCAAUAUUGACAUUCCUAGUCCAGCAUUCUUUUCGGCUAUUGAGCCUCACUCUGUAUCAGAUGAACAAGCUGUGGAAGAAGCAUUGAUACAUCUUGUGCGUGAAGAUCCCUCUCUCAAAGUAUGGACGGAUGAAGAAAGUGGACAACGAUUGAUUAGUGGUAUGGGUGAACUUCAUCUGGAGAUUGUCAAAGAUCGACUCAUCAAUGAUUUCAAGUGCAAGACGGAUAUGGGUAAGAUGCGUAUCAGUUAUCGUGAAACAUGUCAAGGGACCGGUUUGGCCAAGGCAAUGUAUGACAAGGAACUACUAGGCAAGCGUGCUCGCGCUGGAUGUACUGUGGAAUUGACUGGUAUUGGUCAAGAAGAAGAAGAAGAAGAAGAAGAAGAAGAAGAAGAAGAAGAAGAAGAAGAUAAAAUAAAUCAAGAAGAUACUUGGAGAAUGGAGGCAGGUAAUCGCUUCAGUAUUCAAUUAGAUGGAUUUGGUGAUGAUGAUGACACAUCAUCUAGUGGACUUGCUCUGGAGAAGGAUGAUAUUUAUCAAGCUGUUUAUACUGGUCUUAUGUCUGGACUUGCUCGUGGUGCAGUACUUGGCUUCCCAUUGACACAAAUGCAAGUGAAGGUAUCUGAUUUAAAACUCUUUGGACCUGAUACUACGAUAGGUGCUAUUUCGUCCUGUGUUGCUCAUGGUGUACAAGAAGCCAUUCAACAAGCCAAUCCUUGUCUUUUGGAACCUAUGAUGGAAGUGGUUACUGAAGUCAACGAGAAUCAUAUCGGUACUGUGGUAGGUGAUUUAUCAGGAACAAGACGUGGGCAUGUGAUAGGAAUGGAUACAUCAUCAUCUACUAUUGGCAAUGAAGACACAUUGGAUGUUCAGGUGUAUUCUCCUCCAGAUUCUAUCUUGGUUCAAAAUAAUAAUAAUCGUACGGAUAUCGGAUACAUACCAAAACAUGUGAUCAAGGCUCAAGUUCCAUUGUCUUCCAUGUUGGGUUACUCUAGUGCAUUGCGUAGCUUGACAGGUGGAAGUGGCAGCUUUUCCAUGCGUGUGAUGGGCUAUGGUGAAAUGAGCAAGGAUAGGGAACGUGCUGUGGUCAAUGAUAUGAAAGGUUGGUAGAUUAGAAUAGAAUAAUAUACAUAUAGUGUCUUAGAUUAGAUGAUUUUUUUUUUUUUUUGGCUUUCAUGC